UGCCGCGUCCAUCUCUCGCCCGCGGGGCCGCAGGAAGUCGCGCUCGGCGGGAGUGGAGCCGCCCCACGGCCGGGCGGCGCGAGCCGCUUCCUGCCACUUGGGCAUGAAGGGAGUCACUCAGACUCUGGGCUGAGGUCCCUGCGGGCUGAGGUGGGCAGCUCCAGUGGAGAUCUUCCGGUCCCUGGAAGUGCAAGCUAGGUAUCUCCAGCUGCAUUUCCUUCCUUGCCACAACGUACCAGGCAGCGACCAUGAUUCGUGGUGCCCAGAGCAAAGGAAAGACCACUUCCCUUCUGGGGCAGCACUGGAGCCAGAGCCCCGAGCCCCAUCUCGUCUCUGCUCUGCUUGAGUUUUCUGGAAUGGACCUGCCCACCAGGAAGCCAGGUCACCCUUGGUUCUGGUCUUGCCUGACCCCAGGGGAACACAGGAAGCCUGCUUAUGAAUGUUUGAAAAUGCAUCUGUGCAUACCUGCGGGGGAAUUGGGACGUCGCCGGCUCUAGAGAUCUGUUCCGUUCUACAAGCUGUUAUUGAGUGCUUGCUGUGUACAGGAGGGGGCCCCAAGGCCGGGCCAGGAAGUGCCGCCUACUGACUGACCACCAGAUGUUGUGGCCCAGGCAGUGGUAACGUGGUAACGGCAAAGGAUGCCCCAGGUCCUGGAGCGUGCAGAGGGCUGCUGGGCCUGGGUGGUGCUGCUGGCCUCCCUGGUGACCCAGGGCCUCACUCUGGGCUUCCCCACAUGCACUGGCAUCUUCUUCACUGAACUACAGCAUGAGUUCCAAGCCAGCAACAGUGAGACCUCAUGGUUCCCCUCCAUCCUGACAGCCAUGCUCCACGCUGGGGGACCCCUGUGCAGCAUCCUGGUGGGACGCUUUGGUUGCCGAGUGACGGCGAUGCUGGGGGGCGCACUGGCCAGCCUGGGCAUGGUAGCAGGCUCCUUCUGCCGCACCCUUAGCCAGCUCUACCUCACAGCAGGAUUCAUCACAGGCCUGGGCAUGUGCUUCAGCUUCCAGUCGAGCAUCACCGUGCUGGGCUUCUACUUCCACCACCACCGGGCUCUGGCCAACGCUCUGGCUUCGGUGGGCGUCUCCCUGGGCAUCACGCUCUGGCCACUGCUCUCCCGCUACCUCCUGGAGGACCUGGGCUGGAGGGGCACCUUCCUUGUCUUCGGCGGCGUUUUUCUCCACUGCUGCGUCUGUGGGGCCAUCCUGAGGCCCGUGGCCACCACCGUGGUCCCUGAGACCACAGAAGCGCCCUCUCCACCUUCCAAGACACCUGCUCCCGGCUGCCUGGCAGCGUGUGGUCGGGCCAUCCAGCGCCACCUGGCCUUUGAUAUCCUGCGGCACAACGCGGGCUACCGAGUGUACACCCUGGGCGUUAUGUGGAUGAUCCUGGGCUUCCUGCUGCCGCACGUCUUCCUGGUGCCGUACGCCAUGUGGCACGGGGUGGACGAACACAGGGCGGCCCUCCUGAUCUCCAUCAUUGGCUUUAGCAACAUCUUCCUGCGGCCCAUGGCCGGGCUGGUGGCGGGCCGGCGGGACUUCGCGGGCCACCGGAAGUACCUGUUCAGCCUGGCGGCCCUGCUCAAUGGCCUCACCAACCUGGUGUGCGCCGCGUCGGCCGACUUCCGGGUGUUGGUGGGCUACUGCUUGCUGUACAGCGUGUCCAUGAGCGGCAUCGGGGCCCUCAUCUUCCAGGUCCUCAUGGACAUCGUCCCCAUGGAUCAGUUCUCUAGCGCCCUGGGCCUCUUCACCGUCCUGGAGAGCGUCUCCAUCCUCAUCUCCCCGCCCCUGGCUGGGCUCCUCCUGGACACCACCGACAACAACUUUAGCUACGUUUUCUACAUGUCAAGCUUCUUCCUUAUAUCAGCUGCCCUCUUCAUGGGUGGCAGCUUCUGUGCCCUGCAGAAGAAGGAGAGACCAGGCAUGCAGGCCGAGGCAGAAGGAGCCAUCACAGGGGUGCCCUCAGAGCAGGGCCUCAUGGUGGAGGACUCACGUGGUGCCAAGAAGCACCUGUACACCGAGGUCAUGUAUGUGACCAGCAUCUGAGCCCUGAGGUCCAUGAGUGACCACUGCCGCAGCCCAGGAAUGUGAUGUCCAGCUGCCAGGGGCUGGGGUGAGGGGCUGCCCAGGAAGCCCGAAGCCAGAAGCCUUCUAGGCUCUGCACACUGGGACUCAGCCAGGAGCUGGGACCUUGGAGGCUGGCCUCCCAACGACUCAGAGCUCCUUCCAACCAGCAGAUCCAGGAGCGGGUCCUUCUGAUUUUUUCUCUGGGGCACCAGCAUACCUGGAGCCUAGGAAAGUGAGUCUAAACCCUGCUUGGGUCUGUCACAGCCGGCUCAGCCCAGUGGGCUGCCCAGUACUAUUGCUGCCACUCAACAUACUGGACCCUCCAGUCUAGCCUGGAUGUCUCCGAUGUGAUCUCUUUGUCCUUCUUCGGCCUCCAGACAGUUCCAGAGAGUUUACCCCUCCUCCAACGCUCUCCGCCCCCUUUCUUCCCAAGGGCCCGGGCACAGGUUGUUGGGCCUCAUGCUGACUGGAACCUUGGGGAAAAGAACCCCUUGAAAGAAUGAGCUGGGACUGGCAGUGGUGGAUAGCCAGGCUGAGGGGUUGGCAUGGACACAGGACACGGACAGAUUAACGGUUGGGGAAACGACCCAACCUGGUGUCUGGGCAAAAGACUGGAGGGGAGCCCUUGGCUUGGGUCCUAGAAUCACUGAAGUCUGAGGGGUCCCCUGCACUCAGCAGUGCCUGCUGUAAGGUCUCCCUCCCUCCUGUGCCCCUGCCUUGUAUCUUGGUCAUAAAGCUGCAUGCUGGCGUGGGAGAAAGCCUGACAUUUGAGUGAGCAGGGGCGCAGAAGGAUUGCUAGGCAGGGCAGGAGACCUCUGGGAAAAUGGAGCUGUUUUGCAACAGAAGCCUUCUCUCCCUCUCCUGCCCUCCUCUCCCUGCUGUGUCAGAGGUGUCCACCCUAGGGUAAGUAGCCGGCUGGGCCAGCUGCCAGCCCACCUCCACUCCCCAGGGGGCUUCUGCCUGGGGUGUGGAGGUCAGUGCUCCCCACACACAUACUUUUUUUUGCUGGUAGGGUUCCUGAGGUCAUCACUUGGGGGCUGGCUGUCAUCAGCCCAAGCUUGUCCCAGCAGGGUACCACCUGAGGCAAUGGAAACAUAGAGUUUGUUUGAAUAACAGACAAAAACGUUCCUGCAGCAGGUUAUAAACCCCGUGAACUAAUGAAGCUGGAAAACAGGCCUUGAGUACUCCCUUCCCUCCCCCUUUAGUUCUCCCUGCGCAGCAGGCGCUGCUGUGACCCAAGGCCUUGUUUGUUGAUUCGGGCUCAACCAGGCUCCAACAAGAAAGCCUUAUCAGGAAAAUAAAAUUUUAUUUGCAUGACCUGA